GGCCGGCAAGAUGGCGGCCGGCGAGUGAGCCGCUGAGGCCGCCGACCCUGGGCGCCGUCCUUUCCCGCCAUGUCCGACUCGGAGGAGGACGGCCACGAUCGCCACAUGAAAAUUGCGGUGCUGGGCGACGGCGCGUCCGGGAAGACCUCCUUAGCUAUACGCUUUGCACAAGAAGCUUUUGGGAAACAGUACAAACAAACUGUAGGACUGGACUUCUUUUUGAAAAGGAUAACGUUGCCAGGAAAUAUGAAUGUUGCCCUUCAAGUUUGGGAUAUAGGAGGGCAAACAAUAGGAGGCAAGAUGUUGGACAAAUAUAUCUUCGGAGCCCAGGGAGUCCUUUUGGUGUAUGAUAUUACAAAUUACCAGAGCUUUGAGAAUUUAGAAGACUGGCUCUCCAUAGUCAAGAAAGUGAAUGAGGAGUCAGAAACUCAGCCAUUAGUGGCAUUGGUGGGCAAUAAAAUUGAUUUGGAGCAUCUGCGAACAGUGAAGGCUGACAAGCAUCUACGGUUUUGCCAGGAAAAUGGUUUGAGUAGCUAUUUUGUUUCUGCCAAGACAGGAGAUUCGGUCUUCCUGUGUUUUCAGAGAGUUGCUGCUGAAAUCCUUGGCAUCAAAUUAAACAAAGCAGACAUGGAACAGUCACAGAGGGUGGUGAAGGCUGAUAUCGUAAACUACAGUCAAGAACCGGUAUCAAGAACGAUUAACCCGCCUCGAAGCUCGAUGUGUGCAAUUCAGUGAACGUCGUUUUCUUCAUAUCAAUACUGUGGGCAGCCCUCCUCUCUUCACUUGGGCCCGUGGACUGCUAGUUGAUUUUCACAGUGACCAUCUCAGUAGUGCAUUCGGAGUGUUCAAAAACCUGCCCCCCAAUCCGUCUGUCCAAAGCAAAACUCCUGGGAUCAGCCGCGAUUCUAACUUUGGACCGCCCUUUCCAAAAUCAAAAUUGAGAUGGUCUGCCCUUUAGAACGAAUUCUAUUUUAAUGAAAUAUGAUGAUGUAAGCAAGUAUUAUGGCUUCACAGGUUCCUAACUGAUGUCCCUGUAAAUUUGGAUAUCAGUAUUUGAAAACCUUGGAAGGCAUUCCUGCAGGGUACUUGGCCUCGGGGUCAAUUGAAUUUUGGGAUCGUCACUGACAUUCAGCAUAGAUAACUCUGAAGCUAUUUUCAGAGAGUCAAACAAGUAAUAUAUUUUGUCUAGAAAUAAUUUAGAUGGCCUUCCUUUGUUACAUAGAGAAAACAAAAAUUAUCUAAACUAUCUAAUCGAUAAUGCUCGAAAUAAAGCUAUAAUACAA